CACACUCCAGCUGAGGUGUGUUUUUACUGGCGAUCAAGACAAAGUUCAACGGCGAUAUGAUUUGACACAGACUUUUAGCGUUUACAGAAAUAACAGUAACCACAGCGGAAUAUUGCUCCCUUGUCAUCGUGCUGCUGUCGCCGAAUUAUUCAAAGUGUUGUCGAGACGUGUCGGUUUGUGUUUUAUGUGAAAAUACCGAUUUCCAACUACCGAUCGUUGUCGUCCACCUUACACGUUCUGAUUAAAGUAGGUCGCAAGGAUGAGCGAAAUGAAGCUCGUUUCUGCUGGAGAUGAUAUCAAAAUAUGGGACACUUCCUCCAUGAACAUUAUAAAACAGUUCAACCCACAUUCUAGUGGAUUGUCCUGUGUGCGGUGGAGUCAUUGUAAUAACUUUUUAGCAAGUGCAGCCACUGUAGGAGAUAAAAUAACACUUACGUCUCUCAAGAAAUUACCAAAUAUUGUGUCAGAUCACAUAGCAGAUGGGGAGAAACAGACCACCUUAGCUUUUGUCAGUAACUCCAGAUACGUAGUGUCAGGUGGGAAAAACAAAGUUGUCAGUAUAUGGGAUGCAAAGACGAAGAAAUUAAAGAAAACUUUUAAAGACCAUUCCGAUACAGUGACUUGUAUAGCAGUCAAUUUCAACGAUACGUAUAUAGCAUCGGGUGCAACUAAUGGAAAUAUCUUAUUAAAUAAUGUUAUAACAGGCCAGUGUUUUAGUCCAUUGACACUGCCCAAUGCACAUGCAAUAAGAGGUCUACAGUAUUCUCAUUUUAAAAAACACUUGAUGGGUUCUGUCUCCGACGAUGGUUCUCUACAUCUCUGGGAUUCCGUUGCUCGAAGACACUUGGCUAGUUUUACAGACACACACCGAGCUCCAGCCACUGAUAUAUGUUUUUCCCCUGUUAAUGACAUGCUUAUUGUGACUGUUGGGCUCGAUAAGAGGAUAGUGUGUUAUGAUGCACAAGGAAAAUCAGCAAUCAAGACAAUUGUGACUGAUGCCCCGCUUACGUCAGUGGACUUCAUGAAUGAUGGUGUAUCAUUUGCUGUUGGUAGUUCCCGUGGUCAAAUUAAACUCUUUGAUUUACGAAUGAGUGCAUCGCCCAAAAGUGAAAUACAGGCACAUAAAUCAUCUGUGCAGUGUCUUGCAUAUCAGACUAAUUCCAAUAAAAAUGACACAAUAAGUAACAAAACAAGAAGAACCAAUGUUACAUCAACCGUUAACAGUCGAAAAGUACCGCCAGUGAUUGGUGUAGACUCCGGUAAAGCCGAAUCAGACAGUGCUGAGAGUGAACAAGAGAAUAUUGACUAUGGGAAUAAACCCACUAGACAGACUGCACCUGUCACUUCCAAUGAUGAAGUCUUCUCUCCCCUUAGUAACAAUGAUCAUUACAAGAAUCAUUACACUCCCGAGACGUACAAGAUAAUACCCACAGCCAAGGAUGAUGUGAAAGAAGUCAACGAUCCAACAUCUAUAUUUUCACCUUUAUCUGACAAUAUAAGCAAUGUUCCUGCUACAACAAGACGUCUUCCACUGAGUUCUGGAGAUGAUAGCCCUUUUAUGCAGCCAUCAUCCAGACUGUUGCCUUCUACUAGUACGCACCAUAUCAUUACAGAUACAUCUCCCGUUAUUACCAGUCCUUAUCCACAUGUGCCUUCUCCUGGAUCAAUCCAGCCACCCGUUCCUGUCUCCAAUCGAAAUAUCAAUAAUGGUUUUGGUUCAAGACCACCAGUGGCAUCACUAUCUGAAAUAGCUCCAGUUAGAGUUGCAUCACGACACUUCCCCUCCAUCAGUAGCCCUACAGUCAGUUCGCCAUAUCUUCAAACACCUACUACACUGCCAUCAACCUCGCAAAGAGGUCUCUCAGGAAGCUCUUCUAGUAGUGUUUCAGCAGACAUAGCAGGUGACGGGGAGGGAGCAGUGGGCGGGGCACCACUUGCUUCUUCGGCCCAUCAACAACCAUUCCAAGUUGAGUUUAUUCGAAAUAUGAUCGAUGAUGCUGUGGAAGAUGCAAGGAUGUCUCUUCAUAGAGAUGUUGUUAAUCUUCAAGUGGAGAUGAUCAGACAAUUUCAGAUACAGAUGUAUGAAAUGAGACAAGAAAUGGCCAAGUAUUCUGUAAAUGAGGCCCUCGUUGCUGAAAUAGAGAGACUAAAAGAAGAGAACAGGCAGCUGAAAACCAAGUAUUGACAGUUUCAUCUUUGAAGCUGAAUUUAGUCUCACAUCAUGUAUGCCUUGGUAUGUCAACCAACUUCCUGUGACUCACAGCCAGACCCUUCUAGGUUAAUAAUCAUUAUUUUUUAUUCAUUCCAACAUUUCCUUGGUCUGGAGCUGGUUUCAAUGAUAAUAAGCUUAAAAAUAGAUUUCUAAAUAUUGUUCACUAAUUAAAUAUGAUGUUUAUUAAUUUAUAAUAAAAAGAAAGUUUUGGAAAUUGUUGAAUCUUUAAUCUGGCCACACCAAAACAUUUUGGACAUGUAUACUUUGUGACAAUCAUAUAGCUGAGCUUAUUUACAAGAAGUUGUACAUGUUUUUUUUAAUAUAUUUAUUUCAUCUGUGUCUUUGUUAACUAAGACUCCCACCUGUGCUCAAACAUGUCCGUGUAAUAUUUGAUUAUGUCUUCGUAUCCAUCAUUGGUCUCUAUUUUGUAUUAUGAUUUUCUAUUUCAUAUUUACUAUUAUAUUUUAUACCUGUGUGUAUGGUUACCGCAAAACCUGUGCUUUCAUGAGCCAUUUAUUAUUUAUGUUUGUCAGUAUUUUCUUAGAACACAUCUAUAACUUUAGUUUGCAGUUUACAUUUACGUGUAUUAACGUUCACAGUAGACCUGGGUAUAUUAACCUCAAAUAUUUUUCUAUUCUAUUUUACUCAUCAAUGUUAUGAUUUGGGGUGGGGUGGGGUGAGAGGUAGUGUUUGAGUGAUUUCAGCUUAGUUCCACUUUGCAUCCAAAUCUUAAUACUUGAUGGAGUGAGAGUUAUUAAUUGUUCUUGACACCAGUUCACAUUAUUACAUUAUUUGGAUGUGCUUAUUCCUUAUUUAUGUGAAAGUAAUGCAACAUGUUUUGGAGAAAUCACAUCAACCCAAUGUACAUCAUCCUAUCAUGUUAGUGGUACAUUUGCAACUACCUCUCUUUAGUGCCAAUACAUUACAUCUGAAACAGAAGAUAAUGUUAGGAUAUUAUUACUGCCAGUAUAAAAAUGUUAAUUGAUGAAUGUGACUAGCUGAACUAUUGGAAACAAUAUUUGAAAAAGAAUUACUACUUAGUUUGAGUUUGCAGAAGACUGAAAUACCUAAACACUUUGUACCUAUAUAAAUAAACCAAUUGGGGUCAAAGGUUAAUUCACACCCUGAGUCAUAACAUUGCAUUUAAAUGAACUCGGCAAGGUCAAUUAAGUGUCACUUUUGAUUCAAUCCAUUAUAUCUGGCUGACUUCAAAUACACUAUCUAUCUAAUCCC